AAAUAUUUUUAGAAAGUGAAUCGAAUCAUUAUAAUAAGCUAGAUAAUGAACCAGAUAAUAAUAAGCUAGAUAAUGAACUGGGUGAGUUAGACGAUUAUGACGAAAAUAUGAUAGAUAAUAAUUCAGAUUUUGAUA